AUGCCCGGUCACCCCCUUUCUACUCUAUCCAGAUCCUUUAGCCCUUCUUCCUCUUCUCAGUACAAGGCAGAUAAGUCUUCGGCAAGAUCCUCACCAACCUCACCGCAGGCAUCGCCACCAUCGGGGGACUCUGCUAAAUGUUCUACUCCCCAUCGGAUUUGUUUAGAAAUCUGCCAACGGCUUGAUUUUUUGAUUCGUGGUCAUGAUGUAAUCUUUCUUCUCACAGAUACUAGAGAAUCACGCUGGUUGCCCACUCUUUUGGCGAAUAUCCAUGCUAAGCUUGUGAUAAACGCGGCUCUCGGUUUUGACACAUAUCUUGUGAUGCGGCACGGGAUUCCACUCCAGCCGGGCAUAUCGCCCAGUUCGGCUACUGCUAUCGAGGCGGAUAGGAUCGAAAAGACUAAUGGAUUGGCCAAAACCAUCGACUCAGCGUCGUCCUCUUCGUCAUCCUCAAACCACUCUCGACCAUCAUUACAUUCGAAACGCAUUCCAGGAUAUAGACUUGGAUGUUAUUUCUGCAAUGAUGUCGUCGGACCGUCUGACGUGAGCUUUUUGUGA